AUGGCGGAUACGAGCGAGACGGACCCCGCACUUCCCUCGACGACCGCGGUGCAGGCGACGGCGGGGGCUGAGGAACAGAAAUCUGAAGAUGUAACGAAACCGGAAGAGAAGCCUGCAGAAGCUGGCGCAGAAGUACCUGCUCAGACGGAAUCGCAGAAGCCAGUCGCGGAGGGAGAGAAGCCCGCUUCAAGUACAGAGCAGCCCACAGCGCAGCCGGUAGAUGAAAUCGAUCCUUCAAAACCGAGCGUUCUCAUAAUUGGAGGUCUAGGAUACAUAGGUCGCUUCCUCGCCGACUACAUCCACAGGAACAAGCUCGCCUCGAUCCUCCGAAUCGUCGACAAACAACUCCCGCAACUCGCCUCCCUCGCGCCGGAACAUCAAGAAGCUUGCUCGAUCGACCACUUCGUCCAAGCCGAUGCCUCACGAGAGCAAUCGCAAGCGCGAAUAUUCGACCUCCCGCCUCGCGCGGACGGAUCGAAUCGGGAGUUUGACUAUGUCUUCAACUGCGGUGGGGAGACCCGUUUCUCGCAGGAGGAUGAAGUGUACAGACUGCGCAGCUACCAGCUGAGUCUGACAGUGGGCAAAGAGGCGGCGAAGAGAGGCGUGAAAGCUUUCGUGGAGCUGAGUACGGGCACGGUGUACAACCCCAACAAGAACCCGCAGAAGGAGACGGAUAAGACGAGUAAACCGCAUACCAAGCAGGCGAAGUGGAAACUUUCUGCGGAGGAGGAGUUGGUCAAGAUCAAAGGGCUGCGGUUGGUGGUGUUGCGGUUCCCGAAUGUAUACGGUCCCUACGGAGGGCGGUGGUUGGGCACGCAGUUGUGCUUGGCGAGAGUAUACCAAAGCCGCGAGCCCAAGGAAACGAUGAAAUGGCUCUGGAGCGGCGACCUGCGAACCAACACCCUGCACGUCGAAGACGCCGCGCGAGCCUGCUGGCUAGCAGCCGAAUGGCGCUCCACACACAACACCAUCCCGAACGUCCCCUCCAACGACUCGCGGCUCGUCUUCAACGUCGUCGACAAAGGCAACACCACGCAAUCCACCAUGGCGGGCAUAAUCAAAGACCUCUUCGGGAUCGAAACGGGCUUCCAAAACGCCCUCGUCAACACCUUCGCGCGCCUGAACCUCGAGCAUGUGGUCGAUGAUGUGAACGACGAUACCCUGGACGACUGGGCGGAUUUGCAGGAGGCGGCGGGGAUUAAAGGGAAGGGAGGGCCGCUGAGUCCGUUUAUGGAGAAGGAGAUUUUGAGGGAUGCGGAUCUUUGUAUUGAUGGGGGGAGGUUUGAGGGGGUUGUUGGGUUUAGACCACAGCAUGAACGCAUCACGCGCGAUGAAGUCCAGCGCGUGAUUGAUAGUUACAAGACGAUGAAUUGGUGGCCUUGA